AUGAGUGAACUGGCCACUUUUAUAAAGGAGCAACGCGACUUGUUAGAUUUAUUGAUUAAAUAUGAAAGUCGUUUCGAUGCCAAAAAUCCUGCCGAGAAAACUCAUGGUUAUGUAGAUGCAUUGGGCCAAAGGGUUGAUGAUAUUUUUAAUCGAUUCGAGGCACAGCAUGAUACGAUAAUACAGAAGUUUUAUUAUUUGCGUAGUACCCUUGGUGGCGAGGCGGCAAAUCUGAUAAAGAAUAUUUCAGCCACAGAGGCAAAUUAUGACUCGGCGUGGAAGAUAUUAGAAUCAAGAUACCAUAAUAGGCGUAUGCUUGUGGGAAACUUGAUUUCUAGGUUGUUUAAUAUACCGAAAUCAGAUGGUGGAUUUCAGUCCAUUAAGACACUUCUUGAUUCUGCUCAAGAGUGUUUGUCCUCUUUACAAAAUUUGAAUAUAGAUGCCAGCACGUGGGAUCCUCUUCUUAUCCAUUUGCUCGUGCAGAAACUGGAUCUUCAAUCCCGCAGGGAUUGGGAACAGUCUUUGAAAUCCUCUACCGAAAUCCCCCUCAUUUCCGAACUCUUCUCUUUCUUGGAAAGAACUUUCCGAACGCUGGAGUCUAUGACCGAUGAGUUCCCAUCUGAUAAACAAUAUCCCACUAAGGGUAGAAAUAAAAGUAAUAAUAAUUCGAAAUCUAAUGCGCAGGUGCGGAAGGCUUCGUGCAAUUCUGGACAGUUUUCCAAACCAAAACCUAUUCUUUGCGCAUUCUGCGAGAAACCUCACAGUCUCGCAAAGUGUUUUAAAUUUUUAGCAUUGCCCUUGAGCGAUAAGGUUAAUUUUCUCUCAAAGAAGAACGCUUGCCAAAAUUGUUUUGUGGUCGGGCAUGACCACAACAAUUGCAAAUCUCCUUUCCGUUGUAUCACAUGCAAGCAGCUACACCAUACGGUGCUGCAUUCGGACGGUCCUCUAACCAGGGCUGGUCCUACUGGUUGUGCAGGUACUGCACCUACCCAGAUGGCUUCGCAUAGUGCUCAGGCGUUUCACUCUGUUUUACUUUACACGAUAAGGCUUAGGGUUGUGACAAAUCGUGGCAAAUUUACGUUGAGGGCGCUACUAGACCCUGGAUCUCAAGGUAGUUUGAUUUCGGAGUCCACAGUUCAACUUAUAGGUCUUGAGAAGAACACUCAUUUUGGUUGGGUGUUUUCAGGACCCAGCAAUUCCGUGUCUUCACACCAGAUACACAUUCAUAAUGUACACUUGGACCAUAUUUUGAGAUCCUUCUGGGAACAGGAGGAGGUCCUCCCCAAAAGGAAGUUUACUGAGGAGGAGGAGGCAUGUGAGGAGUUUUUUGAAGCUACCACAACUCGAACAGUAUCUGGUCGAUACGUGGUGAAAUUGCCCUUUCGGUCUAUACUGAAGGACGGCUCCAGUCCUACUCUUCAGAACAAUGUGCUCAAUGCACUUCGACGUUUGAAACAACUGGAAAUAUCAUUUUCCAGGAAACCAUUAUUUUGCGAAAGCUACACCAAAUUUCUCAAGGAAUAUGAGAAUUUGGGCCACAUGUCGAAGAUUGGCGUUUAUCCUAGUGAUGUUCGUCAAGAUUCCUACUUCUUACCGCACCAUGGUGUUCUUAAGGAGAGUAGUACCACGACGAAGCUACGCGUUGUUUUUGAUGGCAGUAGCCAUUCACGUGAAAGUAAGUCGUUGAACGACGAGCUUUCCCCUGGGCCUGCUCUCCAGAAUGAUUUGCCUGGUAUCCUUACCAGAUGGAGACGUCAUAGGAUUGCCUUUAGCGCGGACAUUGAGAAAAUGUUCCGGCAGAUAGAUGUUUGUCCAGGGCACCGGAAAUUUCAGCAGAUUUUGUGGCGUUUUAGCCCAUUUGAUGAAAUUUCGAUUUAUGAAUUGAACACAGUGACGUAUGGUACGGCAUCUGCUCCAUAUCUUGCCAUUCGUGUUUUGCAGAGGUUGGCGCACGAUUACAGGGACAGGUAUCCUGUGGCCGCUAGGGUUCUACUGCAGGACUCAUACGUGGAUGACGUUAUUUCCGGUUCUGAUAGUAUAGACAACGUGAAACCACUUUACAAGGAUUUAUGCACCUUAUUGGAUGAGGGUGGCUGCAAUUUGAGAAAGUGGGUGACGAACUCUAAAGAGUUGCUUGCGGUUAUACCAGAAGAACACAGGGGGACUUCUGUGAAUCUGAACUUUGACCGUGAUAACGUCGUUAGGACAUUGGGCAUACAGUGGAACACGGCCACCGACUCUUUCUUUUUUGAGGUCAAUCUUGACAAGGAUCCGAUUGCAUCCAAGCGCAGGAUUCUCUCGGAGUCCGCCAGGCUUUAUGAUCCAUUGGGGUGGCUUACUCCGAUUACUGUGGUGGCCAAAUCCCUUUUCAAGCAACUGUGGGAACAUGGGGUUGACUGGGAUGAUAAUGUCCCAAGGGAAAUUGAGGACCUGUGGUUUCGGCACAGGGCUUCAUUGCCAAAGUUGGCUAAUUUGGCGAUUCCCAGGUGGAUUCAAUGGAAUCAGAACUCUGAAUCUGAAUUACAUUGUUUCUGCGAUGCCUCUAGUGUUGCUUACGCCGCAGUGGUUUACGUGCGUAUUGUUACGGCUAACGAUACUUUUGUUCACCUUUUGCAGGCCAAAUCAAAAGUAUCACCCAUUAAGACCGUUUCAAUUCCAAGAUUGGAGCUUUGCGCUGCUGCACUUGGAGUGAAACUGGCACGAAAGGUUCAGGAAUCCCUCGCUGACCUUGGUGUACGGAAUGUUUUUUAUUGGAGUGACAGCUCCACUGUAUUAAGUUGGAUUCACAAGUCUCCCUCCAAUUGGACUGUCUACGUGGCUAACCGCGUGGCAGACAUACAACGAUGCAGCAAUCCAAUUCAGUGGAGAUACGUUCCUUCGGCUUUGAAUCCGGCAGACUGUGCAUCUAGGGGAAUUCAGGCAGAGGAGUUAAUAGGGAACCGGACUUGGUGGUUUGGGCCUCAUUUUCUUUACGGACCACAAUCCUCUUGGCCUGAAUCUUUACCGAAUUUGUGUACAUCGAAGGAGGAGAGAGCCGUCAAGAUUACAACGAAUGUUGCCACUGAGAAAGCAUAUCCUGAAUUGCUUUCAAAAUUCUCCAAAUUACACACUUUGCUACGCAUCACUUCAUUAUGUUUUCGGUUCUGUCACAAUUGUAAGCAUCCCGAUGAGAGGAUUACUGGUCCCUUAUCAAUUGGGGAUGUUAACAAGACUUUGAUGAUCUUUGUAAGAAUAACUCAGGAAAUUGAUUUCCCUGAGGAGCUGUCAAGGCUCUCUGCACGAAAGGUGAUCGCACAGAGUCCUAUUUUGAAACUUAUGCCAUUUCUUGACGAAACUGGAAUAAUUCGAGUUGGUGGACGCCUCCAGAAUUCGAAUUUCCCCUAUGAUGUGAAGCAUCCCCUAGUUUUGGCAAAGUCAAAUCCAUUAUCAGUGCUUAUCAUUUCAGACGCACAUGAAAGGACAUUACAUGGUGGUGUUACUUUGACCAUGUCCUAUGUGAACAGAAGGUACUGGAUAAUCUCAGGAAACCAAUUGGCCAAACGUGUUAUAAACAGGUGUUUGAAAUGUUUCCGUUUUGCUGCGAAAACGUCGCAGCAGAUAAUGGGUAAUUUGCCACAAGCUCGCUUGAUGAUCACUCGUCCAUUUAAGCAUAGUGGCGUCGACUAUGCCGGUCCCAUAACUAUUAAGACUUCGAACUUGAGGUCUACUGUUACCUCAAAGGGGUACAUAUGUCUUUUUGUGUGUAUGGUUACCAAAGCCAUACAUCUAGAAGCAGUUACCAGCCUGACGACAAAUGCUUUUCUUUCUGCGUUUAGACGAUUUGUGUCGCGGCGCGGUGCUUGUACCGAUCUCUACUCAGACUGCGGCACGAAUUUUGUUGGUGCCUCAAAAGAACUCCAAGUACUUUUGGAAAAAUCUCAGAAAUCACUGCCCGAGGAGGUUCUUCAGGCUUUAAGUCAGAACUGUACCACUUGGCACUUCAUUCCACCUGCCUCCCCAAAUUUUGGUGGUCUUUGGGAAGCAGGUGUGAAAUCCGUGAAAUACCAUUUGAAAAGGAUUAUAGGCGAGCGCAAUCUGACAUUCGAAGAGCUCACAACACUACUAUGUCAAAUAGAAGGUUGUUUGAACUCUCGUCCUUUAUGUCCUUUAUCUUCCGACCCUUCGAAUUUUGAAGCACUUACUCCUGCGCACUUUCUUGUUGGUGAGCCAACGAUUUGCAUACCAGAAGAAUCUCUGUUGGAAACCAACAUCAAUUUACUUUCUCGCUGGAAAUGUGUGGAAAAAAUGAAACAACAUUUUUGGAAAAGAUGGCGAAAUGAAUAUGUUAAUCGUCUUCAAGCGCGACCGAAAUGGCUCAAAAGCAGAUCUGAACCUACUAUUGGCGAUUUGGUGCUGGUUGUAGACGAACGGUGUGGACCAGGUCAAUGGCUACUUGGCCGCAUCGAGGAAACACAUCCUGGACCUGAUGGACGUACACGGUUAGAAGUUGGUUGUCAUGGCAUUAUCAGUGCUGGAAAUCCACAAUCAGCCAAUUUCUGGAAAAUACCCUAG